GCUCUCCUGGCCCACAUGAAGGUGGAGUGCAAGUGCCAUGGUGUGUCGGGCUCCUGCGAGGUGCGCACAUGCUGGAAGGUCAUGCCUCCCUUCCGCAAGGUGGGCAAUGUCCUCAAGGAAAAGUUUGAGGGUGCGACGGAGGUUCACCCCAAGUGGGUAGGUUCCCGCAAGCUCCUGGUGCCCAAGAGCUCUCUCUUCAAGCCCUACACGCCUCAUGAUCUAGUCUACCUGUUGGCCAGCCCAGACUUCUGCAACCGGGACCCCCGGCGCGGGGUCUUCGGCACCUCCGGCCGCCAUUGCAACCGGACGUCCCCAGCCAUGGAUGGCUGCGAGCUCCUGUGCUGUGGCAGGGGGUUCCCGGCCCAGGCGGAGGUGGUGGAGCGAUGCAGCUGCAAGUUUCGCUGGUGCUGCUCCGUCAAGUGCAAGCAGUGCCGGCACCUCGUGGAGGUGCACAGCUGCCGCUGA